AUCCAUGUACAAUCGUUAGUGCAAAUGGCUUGUGAUUCUAGGCUACUAGAUUUAGAUUCUAGAAAUCGAGCAUUACAAACUAUAGCCACAAAUGUUGAAGAAGCAUUACACGUCAAACAUCAAGUGGUAGAUGGGUGGCGUUCGUCUACGGUUCCUAAACUUACUGAUUUGUACCAGAAGUAG